AUGCCUGGCAAGAUUGACGCCUACGUCGACUGCGUAUCGCCAUACUCAUAUUAUGCGACGCUUUAUCUGAGAAAGAAUCGCAAAGCACUAGAGUCGCAUGGCGUCGAGGUUGAAUUCCACCCGGUCUUCCUAGGCGGAAUCAAUGUUGGCUCGGGCAACAAACCCCCUUGGACACUCCCCGCCAAAGCGAAUUACUCCACGUUCGACUCCGAGCGCGCAUGUAAAUACUUCGGUGUCCCGCAAAUCAAAACACCGGAUUUCUUCCCUAUCCUCUCGAUCUUUCCCCAACGCUGCAUGAUCUACGUCAAAAACAACUUCCCGCGCGAGAAGUACGAGACUACCUUCCUCUCGCUGUGGGAAUGGAUGUACUACAAGGGUGUUGAUAUCAGCAAGCCAGAGAAAAUAGGCGAGCUCUUCCAGAGCAAUGGCUUCUCCGACUCUGAGAUCAAGGCAAUACUGGCCGCGGCUUCUAGUCCGGAGAUCAAGCAGGCUUUGACGGAUAAUACGCAGAAGGCACUUGACAAGGGUGCGUAUGGGGCGCCGUGGUUCUGGGUGCGGAAUGCCGAGGGCAAGGAGGAGCCAUUCUUUGGUAGUGAUCGGUUUGCGUUUAUGUGGCAGUAUCUUGGGUUGCCCUUCCAGGAUGUAACUCUUGUUGAGAAGGAGAGUUCGAAGCUUUAG